GUGGAGGAGGUAGCAAAACCCCAACAUGCACACCGCCAGAAAAGACUGGGUGUAAAUUUCCAUUGUCGAGUGCUAAGUAUGUGGCUGCGGUCUCAGGAUGCUAGAACUGCGGAAAUCUAGUGCGGUACGUUCGCUUACGUGCGGACUGUUCUCUCAUCCUCGUGCCCUGACGAUCAUCGUCCGAGCCAUGGACUUUAGCUAUCGAAGGCGAUGCCGAUGAUCCGGUGAGAACCCCGAAGUGCCAUGCACCCUGCCGCGUGGAAGGCUCUGGAGGCCAGGCUGGUCUCUCUGCUCCUCAUAUCUUGUCUGAUCUUCAUAGUAAAUUGUUCUGAAGACGAGGAGCGAUUGGUUCGUGACCUCUUCAGAGGUUACAACAAGCUGAUUCGCCCCGUUCAGAAUAUGACAGAAAAAGUGGACGUCAGGUUUGGACUGGCUUUCGUUCAACUUAUCAAUGUCAACGAGAAAAAUCAAAUUAUGAAAUCAAACGUCUGGUUGAGAUUGGUAUGGAACGACUAUCAGUUACAAUGGGAUGAGGCCGACUAUGGAGGAAUUGCAGUACUCAGGUUACCACCUGACAAGGUCUGGAAGCCAGACAUAGUUUUAUUCAAUAAUGCCGAUGGCAAUUACGAAGUUAGAUACAAAUCGAAUGUGUUAAUUUAUCCAAAUGGUGAAGUGCUGUGGGUUCCUCCUGCAAUUUACCAGAGCUCUUGUACAAUAGAUGUAACAUAUUUUCCUUUCGAUCAACAAACGUGUAUCAUGAAAUUCGGAUCAUGGACGUUUAAUGGCGACCAAGUGUCAUUAGCCUUGUACAAUAAUAAAAAUUUCGUCGAUCUGUCAGACUACUGGAAGUCCGGAACGUGGGAUAUAAUCGAAGUGCCAGCCUACCUCAACAUUUACGAAGGAAAUCAUCCAACUGAGACAGACAUCACUUUUUACAUCAUCAUACGCCGAAAAACCUUGUUUUAUACUGUCAAUUUGAUACUCCCUACAGUUUUGAUUUCGUUCCUGUGCGUCCUGGUUUUCUACCUACCAGCCGAGGCCGGAGAAAAGGUCACAUUGGGCAUCAGUAUUCUACUGUCACUGGUUGUGUUCCUGUUGCUGGUAUCAAAAAUCCUGCCACCCACAUCUCUAGUACUUCCACUGAUUGCGAAGUAUCUUCUCUUCACGUUCAUAAUGAAUACUGUCAGUAUUUUAGUAACAGUCGUGAUAAUAAACUGGAACUUCAGAGGUCCAAGAACGCACAGAAUGCCAUCCUGGAUCAGAUCAGUAUUCCUCAACUACUUACCAGCGAUGCUCCUGAUGAAGAGGCCGCGGAAAACGCGAUUGCGGUGGAUGAUGGAAAUGCCGGGCAUGGGUGUCCCGCCACAUCCAUAUGGAUCUCCCACCGACAUUCCCAAACACAUAAGUUCCAUCGAAUCCCAAAGCAAAGUAGAGGUGAUGGAACUAUCCGAUCUGCAUCAUCACCCCAAUUGCAAGAUCAAUCGGAAACCGAAUUCCGACAUGGGGGUAGGUGUCGGAGUGGGGGUUGGCGACAGCUGUAGAAGGGAGAGCGAAAGCUCAGAUUCGAUACUACUCUCGCCCGAAGCUUCCAAAGCCACAGAAGCUGUGGAGUUCAUAGCUGAACAUUUGCGCAACGAAGAUUUAUACAUACAGACCCGUGAAGACUGGAAGUAUGUGGCGAUGGUGAUCGACAGGCUUCAGCUGUACAUGUUUUUCAUUGUGACGACAGCUGGAACUGUGGGAAUUCUGAUGGAUGCUCCGCAUAUCUUCGAAUACGUUGAUCAGGACAGAAUAAUAGAGAUAUAUCGGGGUAAAUAAAGUAAGAAGUUCCAAUCUCUGGCUAACAAAUCAUGUGGCUUCCACACCAAGGCCUACAAGGAGAUAAAAAGUGACUCAAAAGUGUGGUGGGUGACUUAUAAGUGAAAUAGAAUACUUUUCUGACAAUCGACAAUUUCAAUGAAUCUGGCGAUUUUCAGUCUCAUCAGUCCUGAAGAAUUCUGGCCUUUUUUUAAUAUUUUUCAAGCCAAUUCGGUUAGCCGAUUCUGAAACCACAAAUGGUUAUGAUGUCGUUAACCAAGUUGAUGACAUGCGAAUACCACUUCCAACCCAAGAACUAUAGUUAGUUGCUCUCUCCAAUAUGUAAACUGUCUUCCUAAAACUGUCUUCGUUUAGGUGAAAUUGAAGAAAUGCUUCCUCAUCUCCUUUUUUUUUAAAUUAGUGUGAGGUUUGAUGGAAAUUUAACGUAGAAAAUUAUUUCAAUUCGUUUAUAUUAUCCAUUACUUUUGAAUGGUUGUGCAAGAUGUUUUAAUUUUUUAUUGAGUUUGAUCGAUGAUGAAACGGUAUUUUUUAGUACACUCAUUGGAUAUGGGACAGACCUUCUCAUUUAUUUAAAAAGAGUAUCCACUAAACUGUUUCUUACCGACAACUUCCCAACAUGACUGAUUAUUAGAUUUGGACUCAGCUCUAAGUUUUUGGAUAUUCAACCAGCACCAAUAGAAUACAGUCUGAUUCAUCACUCCUAAUUAUUAAGUACUUCCAAGCAAUGUGAACUUCCAUGUCAUGUUGGAAUUGCAAAAUUCAAAUAGUAGGAGAAACACAUUAACUUCACUUCAUAUACAAAUUGAGUCUUCAUUAUGGUGAGGAUUUUCAAUUUAUGGGAAUGACGUUGAUACACUCACCGGCAAAAUAAUAGAUCCACUCGAAACUUCUCCAGUUUGCUCAUCAUUAUCUUUGUUGAUUCAUCUCCGAAUAGAUUUUUCUUCUCAUUAUAGCAUGAGUGAAUUCAUCAGGAAUCUUAAUUUGAAAUUUCAAGAAGAUAAGGUGAGGUGUCACUUAUAAUGCCACACGAGCGUAAAUUAUUACCGGAAACUGUUUUGAGAACACGAAUAUUUUGAAAAUUUUCCGAGUCGAAGAGGAGGGAGAAUUUUCUGAAUAUUGUUCGAGAAAGAAUAUCCGAUUUAUAAUUGAAGUUACAAAAUGGCGACUUUGGUCCACUAAAGUUGAUGGAAAUCAUAACAUUGUUAGGUUGAAUAAAACAAAAUUAACUUACUUUAGUUACAUAUUUUACAAAAAUCAAGCUAUCGCAACUUGCAAUAAUGUGAGGAAUAGAUGUACCCCAAUAACAAAAUAAUAAACUACAGAGUGUAUCAGUUUGGCCACUCCAUAGAUUAUUUUAAAGUUACAAAGGCACGUUUUGUUACACUAUGAAUAAUAUGGAAGAAUGCUCAAUUUUCUUGAAAUUUCAAACUUACGACAGCUUUCUUAUGGAUUUAUAUACACUAUAAUAGUUAUAUACAAUGUAUCAAGGGCUUGAGAUAGACUUUCAUGGACCGCAGCUUGGUGAGUAAUAUCAAUUAGCCUAGGUCUAUAAAAGCAAGUUACACCCGAAAUACAUUUAACAUGUUAUGCACAACCGUUUCAGACAUUUAUUUACUAUUAAUAGGGAAUUCAACAAUGAUUUUGAGUUCAUUUUGCCAAAUUAUGAAUAACACCGGCGUAGAAUGAUCAAAUGGUAUUCCACUAGAAAAAACUGAAGAACCAGUUCAAUUACUCCAACCGCCUGUUCACCUACAUUAACACACGCCGGAAUACUUCAACGCCUGCUGUACCUCUUUAUGGGUCUAUGGUGUUAAAGUGCUACCUUACGCCCGGUCGUGAAUGAAUGAAGAAAUAAUCGAAUCAGAUUCGAAAUAAUAGAGUAUUGAUGAGCAAACCUUAUCGAUAUUUUGAGUGGAUCGAUUAUUUUGCGGAUGAAUGUGGUUGAUUGAAACUAUUCAGUUGUCGAUAAGUCCAUGCAUGUGUAUUUUCUUCUUUUUAUUGAUUUCUGGAUACGAUUCGAAAAUGUUCGUAUAUUCCAUGGAGUUGUCGAUUAAUACGUCAGCGGUUGUUAGUAUGUCGCGAAUGUAUACCAAAAAUCGAUUGUUUUGAAUGACUUAGAAUUUGUUUAUAAGUAUCGUCGAGUGACAAUCGGAAGAAUCCCUGAGUGAACGAGGACUUCGUAUAGGUAUAUAUCUACAUUAUACGAUAUAUUUCAUCGUCUGAACAAACUAUGCGUCUACAUAGGUUUAUUUAUUGCCAAUAGAAUUGAUGUAUAAACUGUUCUUACAGUUCUGUCCGAUAAUAUCUGUGCCAAAAUCAAUAUUAUCAUCUAAUUUCGACGAAAAAAUAUCAGAACAAUGAAUUUUGAUAUUUCAUAAAUUCAUUGAUUCUUCCGAAAAGUGAACCUUGUGUGAUUUGGUUUCGAUAACCAAGGAUACGUCUUCAAAAUUAUGAUAAUUAUAUAGAGCCAAACAGAAUAUG